CAGGGUGCCUCAUCUUCCUCCAGUAUUCACACCCUUUAAGUAUAAAGCCCCUCCAUUUCCUCCCAAAAAUCUCCACUCAAGUCUCAUCCUCACCUCUUCUACUCUCCUCCACCCGGCGCACGUUGGCCCCCAAUCCCUACUCUAGAGAGUAGGCAUAAUUGUAGAGAAAGAAUGGCUUCGGCGGCGAGGCUAGAUCUGGACGGAAACGCCAUCAAGCCGAUGACGAUUUGCAUGAUCGGCGCCGGAGGAUUCAUCGGAUCGCACCUCUGUGAGAAGCUCAUGGCUGAGACGAUGCACAAGGUCUUGGCCGUUGAUGUCUACAAUGACAAGAUCAGGCACCUUCUCGAGCCGGCUGCACAUCCUUGGUCCGAUCGCAUUCAGUUUCACCGCAUCAACAUCAAGCACGAUUCGAGGCUCGAAGGACUCAUCAAGAUGGCAGAUCUGACUGUCAAUCUGGCUGCGAUCUGUACUCCCGCAGACUACAAUACUCGUCCUCUCGAUACGAUUUACAGCAAUUUCAUUGAUGCACUUCCAGUGGUGAAAUACUGUUCAGAAAACAACAAGCGUCUCAUUCACUUCUCGACUUGUGAAGUCUAUGGGAAAACGAUUGGGAGCUUUCUUCCCAAAGAUUCACCUCUCCGGCAGGAUCCAGCUUACUAUCUUCUCAAAGAAGAUGCCUCCCCCUGCAUUUUUGGUUCAAUUGAGAAGCAGAGAUGGUCCUAUGCCUGUGCAAAGCAAUUAAUUGAGAGGUUGAUUUAUGCUGAAGGUGCAGAGAAUGGCCUAGAGUUCACCAUUGUGAGGCCUUUUAACUGGAUUGGGCCUAGAAUGGAUUUCAUUCCUGGCAUUGAUGGUCCUAGUGAAGGUGUUCCAAGGGUUCUGGCAUGCUUCAGCAAUAACCUUCUUCGUCGUGAGCCACUCAAGCUUGUGGAUGGUGGCCAAUCCCAGAGAACCUUUGUUUAUAUAAAGGAUGCUAUUGAAGCAGUCUUGUUGAUGAUUGAUAAUCCUGGCAGGGCUAAUGGUCACAUCUUCAAUGUGGGCAACCCAAACAAUGAAGCUACAGUUAAGCAGCUUGCAGAAAUGAUGACUGAGGUUUAUGCAAAGGUGAGUGGGGAACCUUCUUUGGAGGUACCAACUGUUGAUGUAAGCUCCAAAGAAUUCUAUGGUGAAGGAUAUGAUGACAGUGACAAGAGAAUUCCAGACAUGACCAUAAUCAAUAAACAACUUGGUUGGAACCCUAAGACAUCACUCUGGGAUUUGCUUGAGUCAACCCUCACCUAUCAGCACAGGACAUAUGCUGAGGCUAUUAAGCAGGCCAUUGCGAAGCCAGUUGCAUCUUAAGAAGCGAGUUCUCACUUGGGGGGUGUGGUUGGUCUGCAAGGUGUCCAAUACUUUCUGAGGAAGCAUUCAAAUAUAUAUAAAUGGUUGAUUUUCAUAUAAGCUACAUAUUUUUUUUUUUCUCUUUUUUUUUUUUAAUCAUUUCAGAGUCUGUAGUCAAUAGUGCUCCUAGUCUAUUUGAGAAAGUAGACUUUUAUUAGGAAAUUAUCAUUAGGUUACUGUAGUUCGUCGGUAGCUGGGCUUAAGACACAUUGGGGAAAUUACACAAGGAAAGCCUAUUUUCUGUUUCCCAAAUCCCAAGGGGUUUCCUUAGUCAUGUCUCCAUUUUGUCUCUCCAAGGGUGUGCUGUAUUUUUUAUUUUGUUCGUCCAGGCACUUGUUUUUUUUUUAUCCUCUUUUUUUCCCCUAAAUAAUUAUUUGUUAAUUAUUAUUUUUUAAAUAAUAAUUUAUUAAUUUCUGUCUA